UAUAAGAGCAAGUGGAAAGGACCGGGGGGAGAAUGCAUACUCUCGGGUGUAGAGCAGUUUAUUAUACGCGGUAAUAGGAAGACGUAUAAAAAUACACAGACUCGUCAGAACAAAUACGAAAUUAUACUUAUUAAAAAGUUUUCCAGUGUAAAACAUGUACCGUUUCUGCCAAGACAGCAGUGUCCAUCAAGACAAGGGGGGAUAUCCGUAGUGAUACGUUUCUCUUAUUUAAUUUAAAUGUUAGCAAAAGAGCGAAGAAUGUUCCCGAGGUGGGCAUUUCUGUUGCUGGUACUGGCCGAGGUCGGUGCUCCUGCAGAGGUGGAGCCGACUGAUGCUACAGCAGAGACCGGGUCGGGUUUUGCAAUGACAGAGGAGGUGGACCUGCUAGAGCACCUGGUGGGACUGGUGGGGGCUGGCAAGAAUGUGUCCAUGUCCAAGGAAGGUGCUGGAUGCUUCACUCUGCAAGUUGGCCAGUACGCCACUCUCCACCUCCCCAUGCGCCAGGUCUUCGGGGACAGGUUUGCGGAUGAGUUCAGCCUGCUGCUACAGCUGCGCAGCCCCCAGGCGGAGGACUGCAGCUUGCUGACCCUGCUGAGCCCCCAGGGCCACGUGCUGCUGCAGCUGCGCCUCGGCCCUCACGCCUUCACCUUUGUCACCAUGCAGCAGCAACAUUAUGAGUUCCCGGUGGGGGUGCUGUCUGACGGCCAGUGGCACCGGGUGGCGGUGAGUGUGUCCACACAGCGGCUGGCCCUGUAUGUGGACUGCACACUGGUGGAAAGCGUCAACUGGACCUACCGCAGCCUGGAUAUCGGCACCGAAGGGCUGUUGAUGGUGGGGGGCAUCGUCGAGGGCUUUGAGACGCCGUUUGAGGGUGACCUGAAGCAGAUGAUGUUCCUGAUGGGUGACCCGGACGCUGCGGCGGGUCACUGCGCUCUACGCCUGCUCUCCUGUAGACCCACCGCCCACAAACCGCCACGCUCUCCGAAAACGUCUCACAGCGCUCGGGAACUGAUGCUCUCCUCAAACGACCUGGAGCACUUGCUGAAAAACCCAGAGCUUGUCCCAGAUGAGAAAGCUCGUCUGAUGGACUCUGAAUUUCACCAAGGUGGGAGUCCGCGUGGAGAUGGCCUGACCCCCUUAGGUCCUGGCCGGCCUGGUUCUGUGGGACAUGGAGAUGUGUUCCUGGUGGAAGAGGACACUGACCUGGCUGAUCCCAGCCUUCAGCACAGGCCUGGUGCCACUCACACUCAGAAGCACACACAGGGUUUGGGUUCGAAGCCCGGCCCUACAUCCAAAGACCUAGAUGAGAACGUCACCACAGACAAGAGAAGGGGGGGCGGAGGGGGGAGGACCCAUGACACGUUUCCAGGAAAGCCCUCAGAUGACAUCAUCGACCUUGACGCUCCCUCCUCCCGCCCUUCAAAGAAACCCUUUGGCGGUUUCUCUGGGGGCAAAGAGAGCCCCCAUGUCCACAGGCACCAUGAUUCUGACCCAGUGGAAGGAGUGGAUCUUCUGCUUUCGACACCGGUUCCACCUACCGCAAGGCCUGGUUCUGCACCAAUAACCACGGUUACAGAGCUGGGACCCGGAACCCCUAGCAAGUCCAUUCAGCAUGGUCAGGUGGAACGAACCAGAACAGCCAGCAGAACACCCGGUACAGGAACGGCCCCUACUAAUGACAAAGGCUUGGGUGAGGGCCCUGAUAGAAGGACGUUCCGGUACCUUAGGGGACCUCCGGGGCCAGCCGGACCCCAGGGUAGGCGAGGCUGUCCUGGAGAAAGAGGAUUUCUGGGAUUCAAAGGUGACAAGGGGGACCGGGGCCCGGAGGGGCACGAGGGUCGCAGGGGCCAGCCGGGGCCUCCCGGCCCAGCGGGACUGCCGCACCUCUACCUGUGGAGGAACGGGGUGGAAGACUGGGCUGCCUUCAGGCAAAGCUCCUUCUUCCAGCUACUCCAAGCCGGCUGGCCUAGGCUGCAGGGGCCUCCUGGACCAGCAGGGGAGACAGGAAGACCUGGCCGGCCGGGACAGCCUGGGGAUCCCGGGCAGCAAGGGGUUCCUGGACGCCAAGGAGACAUGGGUGAGCCAGGUCCGAUGGGCAUGCCAGGCCGAAAGGGGCACAGCGGGACGCAUGGGGAACAUGGACUUGACGGGCAGCCAGGCCCCCCUGGGAUACCAGGCCCCCGGGGUCUUCUGGGUUAUAAAGGUGAAGCAGCACAGAAAGGGGAGAAGGGGGACGAGGGUUCAGUUGGACAUGGAGGACCUUAUGGCGACCAAGGAGAGCCAGGAGAGAAGGGAUCCAAAGGGGAGUCCGGCCUCAAGGGUCCGGUGGGACAACCGGGGCCACAGGGAUUAAGAGGGGCUCCAGGAGUGGAAGGGGCCCCGGGGCCCCAGGGGGAGUAUGGGCCUGACGGCAUUCCUGGGCCACCAGGGGCAGUAGGUGCCCAAGGUUUAACCGGUGCCAUAGGAGCUCAAGGGGUGAAUGGUUCACAGGGAGACCUUGGACCACCUGGAGCUGUGGGGCCCAGAGGCCCCCAGGGUCCACCAGGGCUGGAAGGACCGAGCGGAUCUCGAGGGCUCCGAGGUGCCCAGGGUAAACCUGGAAUUAGUGGUGCUCCCGGCCCCAAAGGAAACACUGGACCUGUCGGACCAGCUGGGGCAAGAGGGGAACCAGGGUUCGAGGGGCUCGCAGGUCCCAUGGGAGCACAAGGUUCACAAGGGCCUCCCGGUGACAGGGGUGCUACGGGGCCAGAUGGAGACCAUGGAAACCCAGGACUCAAAGGAGCCAGGGGCCUCAUGGGAGCUCCGGGAAUUAUGGGACCUCAAGGGGGGAGAGGUCCUGUCGGCCUGCUGGGCUUCCCUGGGCUGAAAGGUCAGCCAGGUCCUAAAGGGAUCCAGGGUGAAGAUGGAGAGUCCGGCAUUCAGGGAAAAAUUGGCAAAGAAGGUUCAAAGGGGGUCAGAGGACUUGAGGGACGUCCUGGAAAACAAGGAGCCAAAGGCCCUCGGGGUCGCAUGGGACAGCGAGGACUCUCUGGCCCACCGGGAGUGCCGGGUUUGCAGGCCUUGUCUGGGGCUGAAGGACCUGAAGGAAAGCCUGGUACACAGGGACACCUUGGUAUGGCCGGGAAUGCAGGCAGCAGAGGCCCCAGGGGUUUUCGAGGGACCCCUGGAGAAACAGGACAGGAAGGCCCCCCCGGAGCCCCGGGUCCUCCAGGAAGACCAGGAUCAGAAGGUUUCACUGGACCCCCUGGUGAGAGGGGCUUCAUGGGAAAGGAAGGCAUGGAGGGGCCGCAGGGGCCAGUAGGCAUGUAUGGCUUCCCCGGAGCGGUUGGCAUGCGUGGAAGGCCAGGACUCAUGGGGGAGAUAGGGGAGCCUGGAGCACGAGGCCUGCUGGGGCCACCAGGGAAAAGCGGCUCAGUGGGCCACAAGGGACCCCAAGGGGGAAGAGGCUCUCCAGGGCCACAGGGCAGACAGGGGGAGCCAGGCCUCCAAGGCCUGCAUGGAGCACCGGGGCCUCCAGGUGUUCCAGGCCCAGAGGGUGCGCUUGGCAAACCUGGACCUCCAGGAAGCAAAGGGCCUCUGGGUGCACCAGGUCCGGAUGGUCCAUCUGGAAUUCCAAGCAAGGAGGGGGAGUCUGGAUCAUCAGGACCAGCCGGCAGUAAGGGACCAAAGGGGGUGGAAGGACCUCCCGGUGACAUGGGACCACCUGGACUGGAAGGUCUACAGGGAGAUGCUGGUCGGACUGGUGUGGAGGGACCCGUGGGGAUGAAAGGAGAGCAGGGGGACCGGGGAACAUGUGGGAAGCUGGGGUCCAAGGGGCCCCCAGGGGAAAUGGGAUCUCAAGGCCCCAAUGGACCCCAAGGGGAUCCUGGCCCAGGGGGUAGGGAGGGUGAAAUUGGGCCUCCAGGAGAAACUGGUGAUCCUGGUCCAAAGGGAGAGAAGGGGGAUGUAGGCCCUCACGGUUUCUCUGGAUUCGAGGGGCCCUCUGGAGCCCUUGGGGCCAAUGGAGAGAGAGGUCCAAAGGGCGAAAAGGGCCACGUAGGGCUGCAGGGUCGAGCAGGGCUGUUGGGAGGAACAGGGCCGUCUGGUCUGCCAGGCCCACCAGGUCCUGGAGGCCCAGCUGGAUCACCUGGGCUAGCAGGACUCACUGGGAAGAAGGGGGAAACUGGAACCUCUGGCUCAGCUGGGCCCCCCGGAGCUCAGGGUCCUGAGGGUGUGACUGGGGAAGCAGGUCUGAAAGGUGAUGCUGGGAAAGUGGGACUGCAGGGCCUAACAGGGGCUGUCGGACCCAAAGGGGAUACUGGCUCCCGGGGAUUUCCUGGGCCCAACGGGGAUAAGGGGGACCCAGGUGACAAAGGGAAUCCAGGGGAGCAGGGACCUGAAGACCUGCCAGGAAUCAAGGGCCCCCCAGGACUCCUUGGUUUAGAGGGGGCGCCAGGUGAGGAGGGAGUUCAGGGACCGGCAGGAGCAGCGGGGCGCCAGGGUCCAACAGGAAUUCCAGGAGCUGAUGGGAAACAUGGACCAAAAGGAGAGAAGGGGAAUCCCGGCAGGGAUGGAGAUGCCGGAAUACCUGGACACAUCGGAAGGACGGGGAAACGGGGCAAAGCCGGAAUUCGGGGCUCGAGAGGACCCAGGGGAGCAAAGGGAGAGAGUGGAUUCGUGGGAAUGAGCGGACCCCCUGGGAGAAUGGGAGCCUCAGGAGUCCCAGGCCUGAGAGGAGAAAAGGGAGACCUGGGUGUCAAGGGAGAGGAGGGGGAGAAAGGGGCGAUGGGGCCACAUGGUCCAUCUGGGGGGGACGGGAUAAAGGGUCAACGUGGUCUUCGAGGGGAGGUGGGAGAGGCUGGACCUAAGGGCGAGCAGGGCAACAUUGGGCCACCUGGGGCGAGGGGGCAGCCCGGGGUUCUCGGACUUCCGGGUUUGUUCGGGGAAAAGGGGCUUAAGGGAUUUGAAGGACCUCCGGGACCAGCUGGAAAGAAGGGAUCUCAUGGACCUCCAGGCCCCCCGGGCCCUCCUGGACCGUCUGUGAACCUCACUCUGAUGCAAAUUAAGGACCUCAUGCAUGUGGCAGAUAAGCCCAACUACCCCCUGCUGCAGAGCCUGCUGGAGUCUCUGCGCCGAGACCUGCGGCGACUGCUGGACCCUCCUGACGGAACCAAAGAGCAUCCAGCCACCACCUGCCUGGAGCUGUGGCUCAGCCACUCUGAUAUCACCAACGGGCUGUACUACAUCGACCCCAACCAGGGCAGCCCCGCGGACGCCAUGCUGGUGUACUGCAAGUUCACUGCAGAGGGGAGCCAGACGUGCCUGUCUCCAAGAGAAUCGCAGGUCCCCAUGAAACCUUGGCUCAGUGACUCUGAGACGGCUGAUUCUUUCCUCUGGCUCAGUAUGCAGGAUGGCGGCUUUCAGUUUGAGUACCCAGGUGCCAAUGUCGUCCAGUUGAGGUUCCUGCGGCUGAAUAGCCAGGCGGCCACCCAGAGGAUUACCUUCUCCUGCCCGCUGGGGGGCAGGCUGGGCCAUCGGGAGCGAGAGAUCAAAUUCCUGGCCGAUACACAGAGGCAGAGUUUCGUGGGGGUACUCAGAGACUGUGAGCCUGCCGAGGAUCAGGGUUCGAGUCCCCAGGAGUCAGCGUUUCAGUUUGAGGAUCUGGACCUGCUCCCGAUCAGAGACCUGGCGGUGUCCGUCGGCGACAGCAGCCCCGCCCUGGAAUUCGGCUUCACCGUGGAACCCGUGUGCUUCAGCUAGAACCUCAUCGGAACCCAGCCUGGAGCCGCGGCCGCCUGCAGAUGAUGGGGGACAAAGGGCUUUAUGCUGACUUUAUUCCUGCUUUUUCUGGAGACACUUAACAGCAACACUGGGGGGGGGGGGGGGGGGAUAAAAAUCUCCUGCCUUCCGUAGCAUGACGCUAGAGGCUCAUCUUCCCCCCCCUUAUUUAUGUAACCCAAAGAAGUCUGCAAUACCUCCAGACUCAACUUCACUAGAAGGACUGGUGUUCUGAAAAUGUUUGUUUACAGAGACAUUUAUAUUAAAAUGUGCUAAUUUAUAUAGUGUUCCGUUUCGGUUUUGUAGCGGCUGUGCACGUGCUGUAAACGUUGGAGGAAAACCUCACUCGUGCUGGUCUAACAAAGUGUUCCUGCCGUGGGACGCGGCUAAUGAGCUGUCACACGUAUUCACAGCAGGCUUUUGUAAGCAUUGGUCAGUUGCUAUAUUCCCUUAUGGGUCAUAAAAGAGCAUUAUGGGGGUUCAAGGGUAAGGGGACCUCAUAGUCCCAACUCCAGUAGACCAGUAGUGAAAGUGACCUGAAAUUUACAUAUUUAUACAUGUAGGCCUACGCGGAGGUGGAAAGUUCAGGCCCAGAAAGUAAAAAUCCAGACUAAGAUUUUGUUUUCGACCAACCAGUUGAGUCCUCUGUGACUGGACCGGAACUUUCCACCUUUGCAUAUACAAACAACUAUAUAAAUAGCUAAAGGUGAAGUUUAAGUCUCAGGUUCAACAGAAUAUUGCAAAUCUGCAGGGCUGCCUGCUAUUUAACUGACACACUACGUAAACCCAAAUGAGAAAUGUGACCUCUAUUAUGUUUUGUCAGUAACCAGAUAAAGAUAUCAUAAUUUUACUAUGUCAAUGUUCUUUACUUCUUUGUCUAAUAUGUACAAGCCGAGCUGCCUGUAAUUUGUUUCAAUGUCAAUUUCAAAUCCACGCAAGCAGGGAACAUUUCAAUAUGUUUGCCUUAGCUGGCUGAGACAAAUUUUUGGUGCUAAUCACAACGUUAAGGGUUUUUUGUGCCUUUUUAAUACUUGGCAUCAUUGUGCUUGUAAUGUCUAUAUGCUGGUCAUUUGAUUUGAACUUGCUCGCAAUACAUUCCAGUUCUCUUGUCUCGUGUAACAGUUUUAAUAAAUAGUUUCGUUGCA